GAGGAGGCAAGAGAAUGGAAAGAACUUGAGUUAAAGGAAUUUGAAACCUGUGUGAGGAAGGAAAAGAAUAGGGACGGAACAACUUGGUGGAGAAGCAGUUCUGUGAUUAACAGACGGCUACGAACACUGGUUUGAAAAUACACUUCCAGCUUACUCCCCCCUCCAAGAAAAACUUUUUUAACAACUUGAUUGUUGAUUGAAAAGGUUGGAGCUACUUUUGCUGGGGGUUUUUUCCGUCAAACAAUGGACUAUCCGCAGUUUCUGCGCUGAGAGAAAAGUGUCUGUCCGUGAGAUUGUAUUUUUUUUAAACUUCGGACCGGAGAUAAAACGGCAGUAGGCAGUAGUAACUAUUCCAGGACGGUAUCGUGGUAAGGUUUUGAAAAAUUUGUUUUUCUGUAACAUAAAAUGAGAAUCAGGGAAAGAGAGGAGUGAUAGCGAGUGGAAGAAAUACCUGUGGAUUUAAAAUCACGAACAGUCAGGAAGAACAUCGGCUAAACUGUUCAGUGUACAACAGAGAUUUUUAACAGAACCGGUGAGAGUUUAUUGGCAUGCGGUGAUGCGGACUGGAGUUACAUCCAACAAGUUAAAAGUUGGAACCGUGAACUGUUGCAGAAGUGCGUCGCUCCAAGAGACAGCUAUGGAGAGCGGGUCACAGGGGCUGGCCCUGGGGAUACUGGUUUUCGUCGCAUUUUGUAGUUCAGCAUCUGCAAGCACUUUGACAGAGCUGCGGUUCAUCCAUAGCCCCGGUAACGUGACGUCAUCGCUUGGGAAGCCGGUGAAGGUGAUGUGUACACUGCAGGGUUGGGGGGGCGAGGACCCCCCUGAUGUGGUCUGGCAGCGGGAUGGACAGCCCCUGGAGUACGCAGACACCAACCAAAUACAGGUUCCUGUCGCUUCACGCAGCUGGAUGGUCAUCAGCACACUCCGGAUAGAGAAGGUGCAGCUACUUGACAUGGGUUCCUACCGCUGUGCUGUGAUGUCAGAGGGGCACCAAACUCUGUCUGUAGCAGGACACAUUCAUCUAGAAGGUCUUCCUCAUUUCUCGGUGGAGCCUCAGCACCAGUCGGUGGUAGCCAAUGUGUCUCUGAGUCUGCACUGUGUGGCCCACGGCCCCCCGGAGCCCGUCAGAGUCAUCUGGCUGCAGGACGGGGCCCCUCUAAACUCUCUGCAGGACCAUGUUGCCCUGUCUCCUUCUACAGUCAAUAUAACAGGUCUGAACAGAACCAGUACCUUCUCCUGUGAGGCUCACAACCGUAAAGGAGUGGCUACAUCAGGCUCUGGGACCAUCACAGUCCUGCCAUCCCAGCCCCAGAGAGUCAGGGCUGUAGAAGUCACCAACUCUAGCCUGCUCCUCUCCUGGGAACCUGGCUUUGGAGGAGUCUAUCCUAUAACUCACUGCACAAUACAGGUCAAGCGUUCAGGACAGGACGUCGUCGGUGUCGGUGAGGUGGAUCACAUGAUCCACAACCGGAAUGUGAACAUCCCACCAGCCAGCCACCUGAUCGGGGAUCUGGAGCCGAACAGUGGCUACGCGGUGAGGCUAGCCUGCCACACCACCCAGGGGGUGUCAGAUUGGACACACUGGGCCACACUACAUACCGCAGAAGGAGUGCCCGACGACCCUCCGGGGAAUGUAAGUGGAGUGUUAAAUGGGACAGAAGUGAUGGUCAGCUGGGAGGAACCGAGUGGAAGGAUCAACGGAGAGCUACAGGGAUACCUGCUGCAGUACAGCACCCCCUAUAGGGAACAGACUGUAGUGGACACGGGUCUCUACACAGAGCUGUCCGUCAACCUGUCCGUCCCUCUGUCUAACGUGUCCUUCAGGGUGUGUGCCUACACCAAGGCGGGACAGGGGCCAUGGACCCCCCUACACACCCUCACCCUUAUCCCCCCUGAAAUGGGAGAGCUACAAUCCAGAGAUACCUCCUCCCAGCCGCUCUUCUCUUGGCACUGGUGGUAUGUUGUCAUGGCGAUAGCUGUUGCCGUGGCGCUAGCAGUCCUAAUGGCAGUGUAUGUUGCCAAACUACGUCGGAAGGAGACGCGCUUUGGGGAAGCGUUUGAGCCCAUGAUGGAGAGUGGAGAGCUGGUGGUGAGGUACAGAGCACGACGUACAUACAGCCGCAGGACCACUGAGGCCACAUUGAACACCCUGGGCAUCAGUGAUGAGCUGAAACAUAAGCUGCAGGAUGUGAUGGUGGACAGACAUAAACUAACCCUGGGAAAGACUCUGGGAGAGGGAGAGUUUGGCUCUGUGAUGGAGGGAGCAUUAACGCAUGAGGACUCUGUUCUCAAAGUGGCUGUGAAGACCAUGAAGAUUGCUAUCUGUACCCGCACUGAGAUGGAAGACUUCCUGAGAGAAGCUGCUUGUAUGAAGGAGUUUGACCAUCAGAACGUCAUGAGACUGCUAGGUGUGUGUCUACAGACAGUAGAGAGUGAAGGUUACCCCUCCCCUGUGGUCAUCCUGCCCUUUAUGAAACACGGAGACCUACACAGCUACCUGCUCUACUCACGCCUUGGAGACUGCCCCGUGUACCUGCCGUCUCAGAUGCUGGUGAAGUUCAUGGUGGAUAUCGCAAAGGGGAUGGAGUAUCUCAGCAGAAACAACUUCAUCCACAGAGACCUGGCUGCAAGGAACUGCAUGCUGAAUGAGAACAUGAAUGUGUGUGUUGCUGACUUCGGUCUUUCUAAGAAGAUAUAUAACGGAGACUACUACCGCCAGGGUCGCAUCUCUAAGAUGCCGGUCAAAUGGAUCGCCAUCGAGAGCCUGGCGGACCGCGUCUACACCACCAAGAGUGAUGUGUGGUCAUUUGGUGUGACCAUGUGGGAGAUAGCAUCGCGUGGCCAGACUCCGUACCCAGGUGUGGAGAACAGUGAGAUAUAUGACUACCUGAGACAAGGAAACCGUCUCAAACAACCUCCAGACUGUCUGGACAGCAUUUAUUCCCUGAUGUUCUCCUGCUGGUUCUUGAGUCCUAAGGACCGUCCUCUGUUUGAGACUCUACGCGGGGAGCUUCAGAAGGCUCUCGAGAACCUGCCGGAUUCCCAGGACCCAGAUGAGAUCCUUUACGUCAACAUGGAGGAGUCGAUGGAGCUGGGGGCCGUUGGGGGACGCGACCCGGCCGGGGUCCUGAAGGGCUUGGACUCUGUGGCCACGGUGGAGGUGCACCACACCCACCCUAGCCGUUAUGUCCUCUGUCCCCAACACGACACCAACCGCCUGCUCUCUGACUCCCUGGAGAGUAUCAACCUAGUGUCCUCCUCCUCCGCCACGCUGCCCCUGGGGACGACCCUACAACCCUCCGGCUGCUCCACCCCGACAAGCACGGCAGAGGUACAGGAGGACAGGGGAGGGCCCAGGAGGGUUCCCUGGUAGUGAUGAAGGGCUCUACGCUCACCACUGUCACAGAGUCAAUACAGACUGGUCAAUACCAUCAGAACUAUACAAUCCAUCGUGUUGGUAUUCACUGUCACAGUCUUGACAGACAGACUGGACAAUACCAUUUAAUCCCCCAAUCAAAUCAUUUAGCAAGCCUUUUUUUUUUUUUUUUUGCACAAACAUACUCCUACACAUUCCUAUACACACCCAUACACACUUCUUUAGGCAUUCCACGUUGUGAUUGAAAUAGUGGGAUUGUCAAAAUGUAUAUAGCUACAUCCUCACAUCUUCUCCUUCUUAAUUAAGCACACUUCAUAUCAUAAUGAGUCUACAGGCUAUUGGCCCUGAAACCCCUCAGACAGACCAGACAGUAAAAACCAGUUCCCCUCAGACAGACCAGACAGUAAAAACCAGUUCCCAUCAGACAGUAAAGACCAGUUCCCCUCAGACAGACCAGACAGUAAAGACCAGUUCCCCUCAGACAGACCAGACAGUAAAGACCAGUUCCCCUCAGACAGUAAAGACCAGUUCCCCUCAGACAGACCAGACAGUAAAAACCAGUUCCCCUCAGACAGACCAGACAGUAAAAACCAGUUCCCCUCAGACAGACCAGACAGUAAAAACCAGUUCCCCUCAGACAGACCAGACAGUAAAGACCAGUUCCCAUCAGACAGACCAGACAGUAAAAACCAGUUCCCCUCAGACAGACCAGACAGUAAAGACCAGUUCCCAUCAGACCACACAAACUGCAUGCAGGACAAUCAUCAGUGCCAGCUAAGACCCUGCCAUAUAGUGAUCUACACAGUACCAGCUAAAACCCUGCCAUAUAGUGAUCUACACAGUACCAGCUAAGACCCUGCCAUAUAGUGAUCUACACAGUACCAGCUAAGACCCUGCCAUAUAGUGAUCUACACAGUACCAGCUAAGACCCUGCCAUAUAGUGAUCUACACAGUACCAGCUAAGACCCUGCCAUAUAGUGAUCUACACAGUACCAGCUAAGACCCUGCCAUAUAGUGAUCUACACAGUACCAGCUAAGACCCUGCCAUAUAGUGAUCUACACAGUACCAGCUAAGACCCUGCCAUAUAGUGAUCUACACAGUACCAGCUAAGACCCUGCCAUAUAGUGAUCUACACAGUACCAGCUAAGACCUUGCCAUAUAGUGAUCUACACAGUACCAGCUAAGACCCUGCCAUAUAGUGAUCUACCCAGUACCAGUAUACAUAAUGAAUGGCCCUGUAGGUGGGAUAGAGGCUAUUACAAUGAAUGGACCAAUAAGAUAUAGGGGGCAACAUUAUGUGUGUGUGUGUGUGUGUGUGUGUGUGUGUGUGUGUGUGUGUGUGUGUGUGUGUGUGUGUGUGUGUGUGUGUGUGUGUGUGUGUGUGUGUGUGUGUGUGUGUGUGUGUGUGUGUGUGUGUGUGUGUUCGUAAAUUCAGUCUGGAGUGCUUGAGUGUGCUCUGGGAGUUUGUCAAUUCAGAGCGUUUUACUUUCGGAGCGUUCAGAGCGUCCACUGGACGCUCUGUGCGAUCUGAGCGUUCUGACCCUAACAACAGCAGUCAAACACCCAAGCUAACUUGGCUAACGUUAGCUAGCUACUUCCAGACACAUAAUGAGACAACACUUCACUCUGACCAUGUUACUCCCCCUAGCAGAGCUGGUUAGGCUGUUUUCAUGUUAUCUAGAGCGUCGGUGACUGAAACUGUGCUGCUGGCAACAAUUUAAUGACGUGUUUUUUUUUUUUGUUGCCCGACACCAGCCAUAUUCAACGGGUGUUGAGCGUUUGUAAAUUCAUCAGUUAUUCUGUGCCUCUGGCACAUUCAGACAAGAGUACUUUGAAAUCAGAGUAGAUGUUGGUUUAACCCAAAGCUACCGGAGGAUAACUAUGGCUAGCUGAUAGUUACUAUGGCUACCUGAUAGUUACUAUGGCUACCUGAUAGUUACUAUGACUACCUGAUAGUUACUAUGGCUACCUGAUAGUUACUAUGACUACCUGAUAGUUACUAUGGCUACCUGAGGGUUACUAUGGCUAGCUGAUAGUUACUAUGACUACCUGAUAGUUACUAUGGCUACCUGAUAGUUACUAUGACUACCUGAUAGUUACUAUGGCUACCUGAUAGUUACUAUGGCUACCUGAUAGUUACUAUGACUACCUGAUAGUUACUAUGGCUAGCUGAGGGUUACUAUGACUACCUGAUAGUUUCUAUGGCUACCUGAUAGUUACUAUGGCUACGUGAUAGUUACUAUGGCUACCUGAGGGUUACUAUGACUACCUGAUAGUUACUAUGACUACCUGAUGGUUACUAUGACUACCUGAUAGUUACUAUGGCUACGUGAGGGACACACCACACUCAAACGUACGUGUGGCUCAAAGCACAGUGUUGCUAUUAUAUAAUAUUGUUUAAACGUGUGUAUUCUUUUUUGUUGUUUUAUGUAUAAGACCUUUGCACUAAUAUUAAUAAUAUAAUAUUAACGUGUUCUUGUAUUUUUAGGCUUAUUAUCAUUUUUGCUGUUGUUUGAAUGACAUUUAAUGUGUUCUUGGGGCUCUAUUCAAUCCGCAUUGUGGAAGUUCAGCUUUACAGUGUGAUUUAAAGAAUUUGUUCUUAACUGACUUGCCUAGUUUAAAUAAAGGUUAAAUAAAUACAAAAUAUAUAUAUACAAAUAAAUAAAUGUAAAGGCAAUGUUCCCGCUUUAGCGAAGACUUAACUCACUGUAAACGAUGCAUGUGUUGGCUCGAUUGGACAUUACCUUUACGUUUCUAUCACGGUAUCUGUAACGCUUCUUCAGCUUCGCAGAUUGAAUAGAGCCCCUUUGCAGAAGGCCUGUUGAGCCUGUGAUGAAACCUGGAGGUCUGUGACAGUUUCAAAUUGUGUUCGAAUCAACCUUCUCAUUGCAACAGUCUGCAUGGACCACAAAGCACCACGUCAGACGGACUUAUCAUAGAAGGAUGAAUCUUUCUAGCAUUUAUCUACAUGUUGUUCAGAGCCAGUAAAGAUGUGUUGUACAUGAUCCUACUCUUUCUUUGGUACUUUACAUUCUAACUCAAUGUACAGGUAGACAGCUGGUACGGUACUAUACAGGUAGACAGCUGGUACAGUAGUGUACAGGUAGACAGCUGGUACGGUACUAUACAGGUAGACAGCUGGUACGGUAGUGUACAGGUAGACAGCUGGUACGGUACUAUACAGGUAGACAGCUGGUACGGUAGUAUACAGGUAGACAGCUGGUACGGUAGUGUACAGGUAGACAGCUGGUACAGUAGUAUACAGGUAGACAGCUGGUACGGUAGUAUACAGGUAGACAGCUGGUACGGUAGUGUACAGGUAGACAGCUGGUACGGUAGUAUACAGGUAGACAGCUGGUACGGUAGUAUACAGGUAGACAGCUGGUACGGUAGUGUACAGGUAGACAGCUGGUACGGUAGUGUACAGGUAGACAGCUGGUACGGUAGUGUACAGGUAGACAGCUGGUACAGUAGUAUACAGGUAGACAGCUGGUACGGUAGUAUACAGGUAGACAGCUGGUACGGUAGUGUACAGGUAGACAGCUGGUACGGUAGUGUACAGGUAGACAGCUGGUACGGUAGUGUACAGGUAGACAGCUGGUACGGUAGUGUACAGGUAGACAGCUGGUACGGUAGUGUACAGGUAGACAGCUGGUACAGUAGUAUACAGGUAGACAGCUGGUACGGUAGUGUACAGGUAGACAGCUGGUACGGUAGUGUACAGGUAGACAGCUGGUACAGUAGUGUACAGGUAGACAGCUGGUACGGUAGUGCACAGGUAGACAGCUGGUACAGUAGUGUAUUAGAAUGAACUCACGUGAAUCAUGAAUUAAUGAUGCAUUUCCUCUCCAUAUAUUCUUUAUUCCAAUAUGCUGUUCAGUACACCAUAACCCAGAUACAUUAGGCUCAAUUAUGCUUUUGCCCCACAACAAUGUUAUGAAUGAGUUAAACUUAUUUUUCACAAUGUGAAUUUGUAUAUAUUUUUUUCAUUUUUUUUUUUACAACUAACCAAAAUUGUAAUUGGAAAAUAUUAAGAGAAAAGAAAAGUGGACUUUUGUAAGUACAGUAUAUAGCAAUAUAUAGCGAUAUUCCCCCAAUGUACUGAUAUGGAACUUCCCCUAUCCUGACUUACAGUCUUAACAUAUCAUACAGUCAGUAGAGACAGUAUUCUGUGAUCUGAUUGGUUUAUAAAUGAUGCUCAUUGGUUUCCAUGUAAUUGACGGGGAGAUGAAGAAUGUGUUACGAUGACAGUCGCAUAUUAUUGUCACAUCUAUGGUUUUUUAAAAACAGAUUUUGAUACUUAUUUUGUAAGAAAUAAAUGUGUACAGUGCAUUCCUUA